GCCUCCGCGAGGGGCCGGGGGCUAAGUGCGGGGACAGGGCUCGGCUGUAUUACCAAGUCCUAAAUUUUGGAAUGAUUGUCUCCUCGGCACUAAUGAUCUGGAAGGGGCUAAUGGUCAUAACUGGAAGCGAAAGUCCAAUUGUAGUGGUGCUCAGUGGCAGCAUGGAACCAGCAUUUCAUAGAGGAGAUCUUCUCUUUUUAACAAAUCGUGUUGAAGAUCCCAUCCGAGUGGGAGAAAUUGUUGUUUUUAGGAUAGAAGGAAGAGAGAUUCCUAUAGUUCACCGAGUCUUGAAGAUUCAUGAAAAGCAAAAUGGACAUAUUAAGUUUUUGACCAAAGGAGACAAUAAUGCCGUUGAUGACCGAGGCCUCUAUAAACAAGGACAACACUGGCUAGAGAAGAAAGAUGUCGUGGGGAGAGCAAGGGGAUUUGUUCCUUAUAUUGGGAUUGUGACGAUCCUCAUGAAUGACUAUCCGAAAUUUAAGUAUGCAGUGCUCUUCUUGCUGGGUUUAUUCGUGCUGGUCCAUCGUGAGUAAGAAGUCUGCCUUGCUGUUCCUGGAAGAUGCCGUACUUUUCGUUCCUGAAUGUUUGGCGUAGAUAUUGGUCUGUGGUUGUUGGAGUGCAGAAUGCACAUGUUGGCGCUUCUCGGUAGCAACGGUUUGCAUUAGUUUCUGUUUCCACACCAGGGUACGUGUGGGCGGGUGCACGGGCACCAUGGCGCACACUCAAGGGGACUCUCAAUCACAGGAUUUCAUACGUUGUCAUUGUCACACUUUCACAUUUUUGUACAUCAGUGAAUUUUUUAUAUUAAAAGGUUGAGCCAAAGCCCCCAGUGUUUGUAUUUUGAAGCCAAGCUUCACUUCUAAAGUGCCUACAGAGUUCUGUAAAUGAAAAUGCAACUCUGCACGAGUUUGAAACCGUCAUUCCUCCGUAUAAGAUGGGAAUGGCAUAUCCUGAGGUGGUCGUAAGUCUUAACUUUUCAAAUUUUAAAUAAAAGACUUUGCAUAUUGAACCCCUUAUCCCUGACUUGUGUUUGUCGGGAAAGCUUUGCCUUCCUCUGCUGGUUCUUAGCACCCUUGGGGGAGAUAAAGGCUUUGAUGUGAGCAGUCCUUCAGCUAAGAAGGUUGUCCUCAUACUAACAACUGGUUUUUGUUUGUUUGUUUGUUUGUUUGUUUUUGUGGAGCAAAAGUGGCCAUUGGCGUUCAUAGGCUAUCUCUUAGCCAUAAAAUUGAUUCUUCACUAGGGUGUGACUCAGAUGUGUAGAAACACAGUGUUGCUGAAAGGUUCAGAAAGUCUCACUGGGCUGUGAAGGCUCUUCUCCUUCUCUGCACUUGAGACACUCUCAGCCCUUUCUACACGUUGGCAGUGUGCUUCAACAUCUGGAGGAAGCAGGAGAAAGGUGCCGGAGGGCAAGCGUGCUACUUGUUUUUUUAAAACUCUCAUUUGCCUGAGCCUGUCCUCUUAAGUGCCUGGCUUCGCUUUUCUCUCGUGCAGACUUAGAGAAGGCAAGAUUUAAAGUAGUGAAUGCAAAGCCCAGUUGUGUCUUUCUUCCUCUCAUGUUGAGGCAGUUAGGGAAAGGGCCAGUUGUAGGGUAAGCCAGUGUGUUUUAAGUACAAAAUACUCUUAAUUCUUUUUAUUCUCUUCUUGUAUUAAUGUGAAAUCUGAAAGUAAGCAAAUUUUCUGUGUUGGGCUAAAUGAGCAGUUUCUAUUAUUUGUUCAGCUGAGGUGGAUCAGCUGAAGUGGAAAUCAGUCCACACUUUAAUGUUAAUGGAAUCAGCAUUAAAAGAUGGAGACAAUUUACAGCUAAGAACAGUUAAUCUUCCGAAGCUCUCCCAUAUAGAGAAUAGUGCCAUCCAAAAUCCGUUAACUAGGCCUUAGUCUUUAAACUCUGGCUGUGGGCUCUGAAUGAUCUCAACCGAGUAGGACACUUGGCACAUCAGGGCUAGCAGGUGCUUCUUUGAACCUGCCGGUGAGGCUUGUAUUGUACUUACAUUUUCUCAUGAGCCACGGAGAGUGUGGAAGCAGUCCCCCAUGCAUAGAAUGGCAGAAAAUUGCUACUCUCCCCAUGUUUUUCCUCCUAAUCACCUGCAGAGGAUGGGGUUAACUGCUUGGCCUAACCAUCGUCGCUGUUUUUGCAGCAACCUUUCUGGGACUGCUCUGGAGAAGUUGUGUGCUUUGCUGCCCGGUGUUGGGAUCCUGGGGUUCUUUGUGAUCCUAGCUUGCCUGAGUUGUACUUGUAUCCUCGGCCAUCCAGAUUUCUCCUCCGUAUACACUUAAAACAUUAAAUAUUUUCCUCAUUUGUGUAUUUUCACACCCAGUUUUGUUUUUCCUCCUUUGCUGGAUGCUCUUGUUGGAAGCAAUAGCUAAAUUUUUCUGAGAAGUAAUCAAAUCAUUCAAAAGUAUUUGAAUUACUCUCUUAGCCAAAAAUAAAGAUUAUUUUGGGAGA